CCUGAUGGAGUGUGUGCUCCUUGACCUGAUGGAGUGUGUGCUCUUUGACCUGAUGGAGUUUGUGCUCCUUGACCUGAUGGAGUGUGUGCUCUUUGACCUGAUGGAGUGUGUGCUCUUUGACCUUAUGGAGUGUGUGCUCUUUGACCUGAUGGAGUGUGUGCUCUUUGACCUGAUGGAGUGUGUGCUCCUUGACCUGAUGGAGUGUUUGCUCCUUGACCUGAUGGAGUGUGUGCUCUUUGACCUGUUGGAGUGUGUUCUCUUUGACCUGAUGGAGUGUGUGCUCUUUGACCUGAUGGAGUGUGUGCUAUUUGACCUGAUGGAGUGUGUGCUAUUUGACCUAAUGGAGUGUGUGCUCUUUGACCUGAUGGAGUGUGUGCUCCUUGACCUGAUGGAGUGUGUGCUCUUUGACCUGACGGGGUGUGUGCUCUUUGACCUGAUGGAGUGUGUGCUCUUUGAACUGAUGGAGUGUGUGCUCCUUGACCUGAUGGAGUGUGUGCUCUUUGACCUGAUGGAGUGUGUGCUCUUUGGCCUGAUGGAGUGUGUGCUCUUUGACCUGAUGGAGUGUGUGCUCUUUGACCUGAUGGAGUGUGUGCUCUUUGAUCUGAUGGAGUGUGUGCUCUUUGACCUGAUGGAGUGUGUGCUCCUUGACCUGAUGGAGUGUGUGCUCCUUGACCUGAUGGAGUGUGUGCUCUUUGACCUGUUGGAGUGUGUGCUCUUUGACCUGAUGGAGUGUGUGCUCUUUGACCUGAUAGAGUGUGUGCUCUUUGACCUGAUGGAGUGUGUGCUCUUUGACCUGAUGGAGUGUGUGCUCUUUGACCUGAUGGAGUGUGUGCUCUUUGGCCUGAUGGAGUGUGUGCUCUUUGACCUGAUGGAGUGUGUGCUCUUUGUCCUGAUGGAGUGUGUGCUCUUUGACCUGAUGGAGUGUGUGCUCUUUGACCUGAUGGAGUGUGUGCUAUUUGACCUGAUGGAGUGUGUGCUCUUUGACCUGAUGGAGUGUGUGCUCUUUGACCUGAUGGAGUGUGUGCUCUUUGACCUGAUGGAGUGUGUGCUCUUUGACCUGAUGGAGUGUGUGCUCUUUGACCUGAUGGAGUGUGUGCUCUUUGACCUGAUGGAGUGUGUGCUCUUUGACCUGAUGGAGUGUGUGCUCUUUGACCUGAUGGAGUGUGUGCUCUUUGACCUGAUGGAGUGUGUGCUCUUUGACCUGAUGGAGUGUGUGCUCUUUGACCUGAUGGAGUGUGUGCUCUUUGACCUGAUGGAGUGUGUGCUCUUUGACCUGAUGGAGUGUGUGCUCUUUGACCUGAUGAGUGUGUGCUCCUCACAGGAGAUAUUGGAUGCACUGGUGAGCAACGUCAACAUCGAGCUCCUCAAUGCUCUCCACUAUCACAUGAUCAACCGCAGACUCACCUCUGAGGAGCUCAAACAUGGAUCCUCCUUCUCCUCCAUGUACCAAGACUUCCACGUGCACCUGCAGCACUACUCCAACGGGAUCGUGACGGUGAACUGCGCCCGGCUGAUCAAAGCCGACCAGCACGCCACCAACGGGAUCGUGCACGUGGUGGACCGUGUGAUCACUGCCAUCUCCAACAACGUGCACGUUCUCAUCGACGUGGACGAGGACCUGGAAACCCUGCGUACGGCCAUUGCGGCCGCCGGUCUCACCAGCAUUCUGGAGAGCGAGGGUCAGUACACCAUCUUUGCUCCUACCAAUGAGGCCUUCCAGAAAAUUCCUCCAGAAACCUUAAACAGGAUCUUGGGGGACCCCGUGUCUCUUCGAGACCUGCUCAACUACCACAUCCUGAAGAACAUGCGCUGUGCAGAGUCCAUCGUGUCUGGGACGCCCAUGGAGACGCUGCAGGGCACGGUUCUGGAAGUGGGAUGUGACGGACAGGAGAUCACUCUGAACGGGAAGGCCGUCAUCACCAAGAAGGACCAGCUGGGAACCAACGGGGUCAUCCAUUACAUCAACCAACUGCUCAUCCCGGACUCAGCAAAAACUCUGCUGGAGCUAACGGAAAGCUCCAAUGUUGCUACGGCGACCAGAAUGUUUGUGGAGGCGGGUCUGAGCCCACAACUGAAGGGCUCCCAACCUCUGACCGUGCUGGCACCUGUGGACCACGCCUUCACAGCAGGUGUGAGCAGCCCGGGCGACAUGAGCAAGGUGAUGAGCAACCACGUGGUGAAGGGUCAGCUGUCCUCCAAGUCCUUGUACCACAACCAGGAGCUGCAGACACUGGGAGAUGUGACACUUCGAGUCUUUGUCUACAGAAAUAACUUGUGCAUCGAGAACGCCUGCCUCGCUGCCCACGACAAGACCGGGCGCUACGGGACCAUGUUGACCGUGGACAAAGUGGUGACUCCGCCCAUGGGGACCGUCAUGGACGUCUUGAAGGCGGACGACCGCUUCAGCCUUCUGGUGGGAGCCAUCCAGACGGCCGGAAUGACGGAGAUGCUCAACCAGCCCGGAGCGUUGACCUUCUUCGCCCCAACCAACCACGCAUUCAACGCCCUGCCGCAGACAGAAGUCAGCCAGAUGAUGCGAAACGGCGAGCAGCUGGCGGCCACCCUCAGAUACCAUCUUGGCGACGGGAUGCUGGUCAGCGGCGGGGUGGGGUCUCACACCCGAGUCAAACCUCUGCAGGGUGACAGGUUGGAGUUGGGCGUGAAAAACUACACGGUCUUUGUCAACCGAGUGGCGGUGGCACACGCUGACCUGAUGGCCACCAACGGCGUGGUUCACGGCAUGGACAGCAUGGUCAAGCCACUGCCUCCCAAGGUGGACCCAGAACAAGCUGACGGGCCGGCCAGGCAAUCGGACGUGGGAAGCUUCAGGAACGACGCCCUUUUCCUCAAGGUCGUGCAGAGUGGCUCCAGCAGGACCAUGAGCAGCAGGCCAGAUGUUUGACUUUUCCUCAAGUGGCUCCAGCAGCAGGCCAGAUGUUUAACUGUUGCUUGGCGUCAACGCUCAUGUCCUGCUUUACUUUUCCUGCAAUCGCCUGCUUGCUUUCUUGGCAGACAAUUUGCCAGUGAGCACAGACACCUGCUGAAAGAAUCAAACCUGAGUUAUGAAGGCCAACUAAAGCGCUUGAGGACUUAAACGAAGAAGAAGGUUGAAUAUAAGCACAUUCUUUACUUGUAGCAAUGUUGCUAACUACUCACCAACAUGCUGCAGCAUCCGCUUUGCUACUUCUCUUAUUUUGUCAACUCCAAGAGAAACCUUUCUUGUGUUGAUGAAAAACAAUCUGGGACAUGUCAGAAAAAAACACAUUUCUUGUCUUUUCUUCUUGUGGAUGUCAGGUUAGCCCUCAAAAUGUUUUUUUUCUGGUUGUCAAAAUAAAGCCGGAGUGAAUAAAAGUGAGUUUGGUGUAAAUAAAA